AUAAACCGAUCAUGGCACUUGUUCAAAUGGCGAGUUCAGCUGACAUUGGCAGGAUUUUUUUGAAGGGCGCAAUGCUUUUCGGGAAGCGAUUGGAGGUGAACUUUUCAAAGUAUCCAAAUAUAACUCAAGGUGCUGACACACAUGAAUAUGUGAACUCUAAUCUCAAUCGCUUCAAUCGAAAUGCUGCAAAGAACUAUAAGUACUGCUGCUCACCAACAAAGAUGAUCCACCUUUCCACUCUCCCUCAAGACAUAACAGAAGAGGAGAUUGUUAGCCUCUUAGAGGAGCAUGGCACUGUUGUCAACAGCAGGCUUUUUGAGAUGAACGGCAAAAAACAAGCCCUUGUUUUAUUUGAGACUGAGGAGCAGGCCACUGAAGCACUUGCUUGUAAGCAUGCCAUCUCGCUUGCCGGGUCAAUAAUCCGGAUUUCCUUCUCUCAGCUACAAUCAAUUAGAGAAACCUCCUAAAUAUAAUAAGGGAAAGGGUUGACAAAUGGUAAUACAUUUUUAAGGAUUUGGUACUCAGUAGAUUUGUUGGUGAUGCUCUUUUGCGA